UCGUUUCCUCCGUCGUCGGAAAAAAAAUCAGAGAUAAUAAAUUUUUUUUAUUCUUCUUCUCCGGCGAGAAUUUCGACGAUGCUUCUCCGGCGACGCAACGCUACCUCUCCGGUGUGGUUUCUUUCUUCUCCGUCGCUUUUCCUUCUUCUGUCUUCUCCUCUCGGCUACUUCUUCUUAGCUCCUCUAUUGAGAUCGUCUCUUCUCUCUUCUCUGCUGCUUCUAUUUCAUCUUCUUAGGCUUAGUCGCGAGCAGAUUUGUUUGUUGGUGUUUGCAUAUUUAUUUGUUGCUCUGGUUUUGAUGCUCGAGGAUGGAGAAGAAGGCGGUGGCGGUGACGAUGAUUUAUUGUUAGUCAUCAAAGCACAAGAUUCAGAUUGGAGAGCUCAAUGUCGAAGUCAAAUUAUACGAGGAAGAGAUACAAGAGCUAAGAAACUUCAAAAACAUGGUUGUGUGUACUUUUGGUCAUGAUUGUGGUGUAAUAUUUCAUCUUUACAUAAGAGUUUGUGUGAGCUUAUGUUGUGAUUAAAUUUGUAAUGACCUACAAAAAGAAUAUGGACUAUUAAGUAAUUUAAGCCAAUAUGUGGGUC